GUAACUUGGCAACCAGGGAGGGACAGAGCACGGGAGGCAGAGCAAACGAACGUCAAGGUUUCUCGAUUAUCACAACAUCGAUCCAAACCUUUCGUGAGGUGGAUUUCGGGCUUUAUCGGUAGAUCAACCUUCAGCGUUUUCGCAGGGCGAGGAGGUGCGCUGGAUCUGUGGCGCGAGGGCUUGGAGCCAACCUAAACGGACAACACCAUCGGACCAGCUGAAACCUAGUCAUCAUGAGCGGCGAGGAGAGGAUCAAGGGUCCGGAUGAGGAGAGGGAGGAGGAGUUUGCCACGGGACCGCUCUCCCUGCUGAUGCAAAGCGUCAAGAACAACACACAAGUGCUCAUCAACGUCCGGAACAACCACAAGCUGCUCGCACGCAUCAAGGCUUUCGAUCGGCAUUGCAACAUGGUGUUGACCGACGUGAAGGAGAUGUGGACAGAGCAGCCCAAGACGGGGAAGGGGCAGAAGAAGGCGAAGGCGGUAAACAAGGACCGCUACGUCAGCAAAAUGUUCCUGCGUGGUGACUCGGUAGUACUCGUGCUGCGCAACCCUACAUGAAGCGCGAAACGUGGUUCCACAAGAGAUUGUCGUACAGAGCUCAAAAACUUCCAAGACGGUUGGAGGAUUAGAGUGCUGCCCCAGUUUGUGGAAACGUACCAAGCAGUGCCGCCGUACACAAACGUGUUGUGCCCAAUGGCGCGGACCAGCUUACGUUAUCGCGGAAUGUUGGUCUGCCUCGGGUGGUAGCGUGUGUAUUCACACCAACAGCACGCGACAGCAGUGAUGGGGAGAAAUUGACGUGAAACCCCAGACUGGGCUGGUCAUGUGUAUUGCCGAGCGUGAUUUCGUUGGUGCUUGCACGCCUACGUGUCAAUUGGCGGGCGACUCGUGUCUUCCUUUGCAACAGCGCGUUGUAUUUCCAUGACGGAGUCGUGGCGAACCAUAAUCGAGGGGGUAGGGAGAAAGCUGGCCGUUCGUAUAGAUAAGCAACGUUUGGUGCAGCUCUUGAGGACAGAUGUUGAUGCCGCAGCAUGUGUAUUUGUUUAAUUUAUUUUUACAAAGAAACGAUCCGAUUGACACGCCGAGCAACGGCAAAAUGCCCUCGCAACAAUGAGAUUCUCCGAGCCGCAUGCACC